UGUCGAUUUAGUUUAUUGACUUGUGAUCGGUCACCCAAUAACAUCGUAAUUUUCCAUAUCCUGAUGGAUUUCAAAAUUUUGCUGUCCGUAUUGAGAUAGUCCUUGUUACACAGAAUCCGCAGAGGUGCGUUGUUAGCUCCUUGGAUCCUUGAUUAUUAGUUUUGAUAGCAGCAAAUAUAUUUGGACUCUGGUACACACUCUCCUGAGACAUGGCUGAGAAGGCUGAGCCAGAUGCUGCACCCAACGAGGGCCAAGUGCAGAGGAGUUCUUCCGUGACCUUCCCCACACUUGAAGAAGAGGCCAGCCAAGACAAGGUGAAGACACCAAGACAAGCAGCAGUUCUGAGAGGUACCCAGUCAGACCCUCUCUUGACCAGUAAUGGUACAGAUGGUCAUCGUGGUAGCAUUGACAUGCUGCAGCAAUACCGCCUAACAAGAAGAAAUCUGCAAAGUGACUCCAAUGUCCAUAACGUUAUCAGAAGAAACAUGUCUGGCCCAUUACGCACAAACAGCCUGAAUUGUCGUGGUGACUUCACCGUCGCAACACCAGAGGAGUUUGUUCAUAGAUUUGGUGGUAACAGAGUCAUUAACAAGGUUCUAAUUGCAAAUAAUGGAAUUGCGGCUGUCAAAUGCAUCAGAUCUGUUCGGCGCUGGGCUUACGAGAUGUUUAAAAACGAGCGUGCCAUUCGCUUUGUUGCCAUGGUGACACCAGAAGACCUCAAAGCUAAUGCAGAAUACAUCCGAAUGGCUGACCACUAUGUCCCUGUGCCCGGUGGAAGUAACAAUAAUAAUUACGCAAAUGUGGAGCUGAUCCUCGAUAUUGCAAAGAGGACACAAGUCCAAGCUGUCUGGGCUGGGUGGGGCCAUGCUUCAGAGAACCCAAAGCUGCCCGACCUACUACACAAGAACAACAUCAUUUUCAUCGGACCUCCGGAGAAUGCGAUGUGGGCGUUGGGUGACAAGAUCGCAUCAUCUAUUGUUGCGCAGACAGCUGGCGUUCCGACACUGCCUUGGAGUGGAGACGGCUUGAAAGUUGAUUGGUCAGACGACCAGGUUGGGAAUGGUACCCAGAUCCAAAUAGGUCGUGAAAUCUACCGGAAAGGCUGUGUGAUUGACCUUGAUGAGGCGAUUGCCUGUGCCAAACGGAUAGGCUUCCCUGUCAUGAUCAAGGCGUCAGAAGGUGGCGGGGGCAAGGGCAUCCGUAAGGCAAACAAUGUGGAGGACUUCCCUAAUCUUUACAGACAGGUCCAGAAUGAAGUGCCAGGCUCGCCAGUGUUCAUCAUGCAGUACGCCCCCUGUGCUCGCCACUUGGAGGUCCAAAUCCUGGCAGACAAGUACGGCAAUGCCAUAUCGUUGUUUGGUAGAGAUUGCUCCAUUCAGCGUCGCCACCAGAAGAUCAUUGAGGAAGCCCCAGCAGCCAUUGCUAAGCUUGAUAUAUUCGAGACAAUGGAAAAGGCUGCGGUGAAGCUUGCCAGGAUGGUUGGGUAUGUGAGUGCUGGCACAGUGGAGUACCUCUACAAUGCCGCGGAGGAGAAAUUCUACUUCCUUGAGUUAAACCCUCGACUCCAGGUGGAACAUCCGUGCACCGAGAUGGUGGCAGAUGUCAAUCUGCCUGCUGCUCAGUUACAGGUUGCUAUGGGUGUACCCUUACACAGAAUCAAAGAUAUACGAAUACUGUACGGAGAGGACCCAUUUGAAGAUGAGGCAAUUGAUUUUGAACUUCCGGAGAACAGGCCACAUCCAAGAGGUCAUGUGAUCGCUGCCAGGAUAACCAGUGAAAACCCGGAUGAGGGGUUCAAACCAAGUUCCGGCACAGUUCAGGAGCUCAACUUCCGUAGUAAUAAGAACGUUUGGGGUUACUUCAGUGUGACCGCAUCAGGUGGACUCCACGAAUUUGCAGACUCGCAGUUCGGCCAUUGUUUCUCUUGGGGUGAAGAUCGGGAGGAGGCCAGAGAAAACAUGGUUGUGGCAUUGAAAGAGUUGUCGAUCAGGGGAGAUUUCCGUACCACGGUCCAGUACCUCAUCAAGCUCCUAGAGACAGAAGGAUUCCAGAAGAAUCAACUGGACACUGGUUGGUUGGAUAAGCUCAUAUCGGAAAAGGUUCAAGCAGAGAAGCCCAACUCUAUGUUAGGUGUGAUCUGUGGAGCUCUCCAUGUGGCUGACCAGUACAUACUGUUGUCAUUCCAACAUUUUCAGAGUAAUCUAGAAAGGGGCCAAAUCCUACCUGAUAAUACUCUGAAGAACACUGAGGAGGUGGAGUUGAUUUACGAAGGCAUGAAAUACAUAAUCCAGGUGACCAAGAUGGGGCCCAACACAUACUUCCUCAGUAUGAACGACUCUUACUUGGAGAUCGAUGUGCAUAGACUUAGCGAUGGUGGUCUUCUUCUCUCUCUGGAUGGUAACAGCUACACUACCUACAUGAAAGAAGAGGUCGGCAGCUACCGUAUCACCAUCGCCAACAAGACGUGUAUAUUCGAGAAGGAAAAUGACCCAACAGUGCUGCGGUCGCCCUCUGCUGGCAAACUGAUCAGCUACUUGGUGGAAGAUGGUGGCCAUGUGUUUGCUAAUGACGUCUACGCAGAGAUUGAGGUGAUGAAAAUGUGCAUGGAGCUAAGGGUGCAGGAAAACGGAUGCAUCCAUUAUGUGAAGAGACCUGGUUCUGUUCUCGAUGCUGGAACGAUCGUCUGCCAUCUUCAACUUGAUGACCCGACAAAGGUCAGACAGGCUCAGUUGUUCACUGGAAAGUUCCCCACUGUGUCGGGACCGCUCACAUAUGGCUCGAAGCUUCACCAGAUAUUCCAGAUGACCAGGACCAGUCUUGAGAACGUGCUGGCGGGUUACGUUCUCCCAGAGCCUCACUUCAACAAGAAGCUUGUGCAGACGGUCGAGACACUGAUGAAGAUAUUGAAGGAUCCUUCUCUACCUCUUCUUGAGCUUCAGGAGUUAAUAUCUGCGAUAUCUGGCAGAGUCCCUCCGCAUGUCGCGAAAGCAAUUAAAAGGCAUAUGGCCGGGUUUGCCAGUAACAUCACAUCUGUACUGUGCCAGUUUCCUAGUCAGCAAAUCGCCAAUGUGAUUGACAGUCAUGCCGCUACCCUUACCAAGAGAGCUGAUAGAGAUGUGUUUUUCAUGACCAUGCAGGGAGUCGUCCAACUUGUUCAGAGGUACAGGAAUGGUAUCCGUGGCCACAUGAAGACAGUUGUGCAAGAGUUUCUCAAAGUCUACAUGAAGGUCGAGACGCAAUUUCAAAAUGGCCAUUAUGACAAAUGUGUGGCCGCUUUGAGGCUCAAGCACAAGGAAGACAUGCAGAGCGUUGUUUCCAGUAUAUUCUCACAUUCCCGCGUGCACUGCAAGAAUGCUCUAGUCAUCAUGCUCAUCGAUCAUCUGGUUGGGAAGGAGCCAGGUAUGAGUGAAGACCUCAAGCCAAUACUGACUGAGCUGACCACACUCAACAAGACUGAGAACUCCAAGGUCGCUCUGAGAGCAAGACAAGUUCUGAUUGCUGCACACAUGCCGGCAUUUGAACUCCGACACAACCAAGUGGAAUCCAUUUUCCUCUCUGCUAUUGAUAUCUACGGCCACCAUUUCUCACCAGAGAAUCUUCAGAAGUUGAUCAUGUCUGAGACGUCCAUCUUCGAUGUCCUGCCUGGCUUCUUCUUCCACCCCAACAAGCUAGUCAGCAUUGCAGCCUUGGAGGUUUAUGUGCGACGGGCGUACAUUGCAUAUGAGCUGACCUGCCUCCAGCAUAACGAGAUUGGUGACCUGUAUUUGGUUGAGUUCCACUUCCUCUUGCCCACGUCUCAUCCCAAUAGAUUCCCUCAAACGCCAAAAGAGGCACGCAGGUGGUCUUCCACCUCUACGUCCUCUCAGGAUGAAGACACGUUCGAAUAUGUCAGUAUGACUUUUGCUAGGUUGAUGCAGCGGCGAGUGUCCACCUUGAACAUGAUGCCGCGGGUGGCAAGCCUGAGUGAUGAUAUGAACGACUAUGAUAGUAGCACGUUGCAGCAGCAGAAUCUACCGCCAUGUCAGAGAAAGGGACUGAUUGCAGCUUUCAAUACGUUCGGCGAUUUUGAGUCGAAAUUUGACCAGAUCAUGGAGCGAUUCAGCUCACCGCCUUCAAGCCCGCUUGAACUCGGAGCAUCUCCUCCGAUAUUCGGGAGCUCAGGUUCUGAUGAGCCUAUACACAUUUUAAAUGUCGCCCUCAAGUACGAGGCAACGAAGACUGAAGAUGAUCAGGCCAAGGAUAGAUACCAGCAGUUCUGUUUAGCACAUCGCGAUAUUCUGAAAGAAAAGGGCCUGCGUCGUGUCACAUUCCUGUCACUGUCUGAGAGAGAAUUCCCCAAGUACUUCACAUUCCGAGCUCGAGAUAACUUCAUAGAGGAUCGUAUCUACCGUCACUUGGAGCCGGCCCUGGCUUUCCAGCUGGAGAUCAACCGCAUGAGGAACUUUGACCUUGAAGCGAUCCCGUUUGCCAAUCACAGGAUGCAUGUCUACCUCGCGAGGGCAAAGCAAGUUGCCGCCAAUCAUGAAGUGACAGACUUCCGGUUCUUUGUUCGUGCGAUCAUUCGCCACUCUGACUUGGUGACUAAGGAAGCUUCAUUUGAGUAUCUCCAAAAUGAAGGUGAGAGGACCUUACUGGAGGCAAUGGAUGCACUGGAAGUAGCAUUCUCACAUCCACAGUCUAAGCGCACUGAUUGUAACCAGUUGUUCCUCAACUUUGUUCCAACUAUGACUCUCUCGGACCCGGCCAAGCUGGAGGAGGUUGUGCGUAAUAUGGUGAUGCGAUACGGCAGUCGGCUCUGGAAGCUGAGGGUACUGCAGGCCGAGCUCAAACUCACCAUCAGGUUAUCCUCGAAUGGUAACCGCAUCCCAAUCCGUCUGUUUCUGACCAACGAGAGUGGUUACUAUCUCGACAUCAGCAUGUACAAGGAGGUGAACGAUCCAAGGACUGGACAGAUCAUGUUUCAAGCCUACGGAGCUAAACAGGGCACCCUCCAUGGCCUACUGCUCAGUACACCCUACGUGACUAAGGACCAUCUACAGCUAAAGAGAUUCCAGGCUCAGACCAGUGGUACCACUUAUGUGUAUGACUUCCCAGAACUCUUCAGACAGUCUCUGGAGAAAAUUUGGAAAGAGUAUGACGAGAGCCACCCAGACGAAGAGAUCGCCAUCCCAUCCAAUGUUUGUACAUACAGCGAGCUGGUCUUGGAUGCUCGGGGGAAUCUGGUCGAUCUGACCAGGCUCCAAGGUGAAAAUGAUAUUGGUAUGGUGGCUUGGAAGAUGACGCUGAAGACUCCCGAGGUACCAGAAGGCAGAGAGAUCAUUGUUAUCGCCAAUGAUAUGACAUUCCAGAUCGGAUCAUUUGGCCCUCAAGAAGAUCUCAUUUACAUGCGUGCGUCCGAGUUGGCCCGCCAGCUUGGUAUACCACGUAUCUACAUCUCUGCCAACAGUGGCGCUAGGAUCGGUGUAGCAGAGGAAAUCAAACACUUGUUCAAGGUUGCGUGGGAUGAUGACAAGAAUCAUGAAAAGGGCUUCAAGUACCUCUACCUGACCCCUCAAGAUUUCAAGAAAGUAAGUGCAAUGAAUUCAGUCCACUGUGAGCUGAUUGAAGAGAAGAACGAAUCAAGAUACAAGAUCAUUGAUAUUAUUGGUAAAGACGAUGGUAUCGGUGUAGAGAACUUGAGAGGAUCUGGUAUGAUAGCUGGUGAGACGUCUCAGGCUUACAAUGAAAUUGUCACCAUUAACUUAGUGACCUGUCGUGCUGUUGGCAUUGGUGCUUACAUCGUCCGCCUCGGUCAGCGUACAAUCCAAGUGGAGAACUCCUUCAUCAUUCUGACUGGAGCUAGUGCCCUGAACAAAGUGCUCGGCCGAGAAGUUUACACAAGUCAUAACCAAUUAGGCGGCAUACAGAUAAUGCAUAAUAACGGCGUCACACAUGACGUUGUGCCCGAUGAUUUUGAAGGCGUUUGCAAGAUUGUCCAGUGGCUUUCGUACAUGCCGAAGCAUUCCAAAGGUCCCCUUCCCAUUAUCACACCAGCCGACCCAAUCGAGAGAGAAAUAGAGUUCUGCCCACCCAAGGGACCCUAUGACCCCAGAUGGUUGCUCUCUGGCCGACCAAACCCUGAGCAGCCUGAUUCCUGGCAGAGCGGCUUCUUCGAUAAGGAUUCUUUCCAAGAGAUACUAGCUCCUUGGGCUAAGACUGUUGUCUGUGGUCGCGCCAGACUCGGUGGUAUUCCUGUUGGAGUGAUCGCUGUCGAGACCAGGACUGUCGAGUUGGCCACUCCUGCUGACCCGGCCAAUAUAGACUCCGAGCAGAAGGUGAUUCAACAGGCUGGUCAGGUGUGGUUCCCUGACUCUGCCUUCAAGACUGCUCAAGUCAUCAAAGACUUCUGCAGAGAGGAGUUGCCACUCAUGAUCUUUGCGAACUGGCGGGGUUUCUCCGGCGGCAUGAAGGAUAUGUAUGAUCAAAUCUUGAAGUUUGGUGCUUAUAUCGUGGAUAGCCUGAGAGAGUACACCAAGCCUGUGCUCAUCUACAUCCCCCCUUAUGGUGAGCUGAGAGGGGGUGCGUGGGCUGUACUGGACCCAACGAUAAACCCUAACCACAUGGAGUUGUAUGCCGAUAGGAAUUGUAGGGGUGGUGUGCUAGAACCGCAAGGAACAGUCGAAAUCAAAUUCCGCGUGAAAGACCUGAACAAAGUGAUGCAGAGAAUCGACUCUAAGUGUAUCCAACUGAGCCAACAGAUGAGCUGCCCCGAGCUUACUAAGCUCGAGAGAAGCAAGCUCGAGAAUCAGAUGACUGAGCGUGAGGAAGAGUUGGUCCCGCUCUAUCGUCAGGUGGCUGUGGCGUUUGCCGACCUGCAUGAUACGCCUGGAAGGAUGCAAGAAAAAGGCGUCAUCACGGAUAUCUUGGAUUGGAAGACAAGUCGUACAUUCUUCUAUUGGCGCCUGCACCGUCUGCUCCUUGAGGACAGGGUGGUUGACAAGAUCUCCAAGAUGAACAAAGAGAUCACCAAUGGCCAGUGCAAGUCCAUGCUCAGGAGGUGGUUUGUCGAGGGACAGGGAACUGUCAAUGCGUACUUGUGGGAAGACAAUAAGGCUGUCGUUGAGUGGUUGAAGAGCGAGUUUGAGGGUGAUGCAUCCAAGUCAAUCAUCGAGGAGAACAUCAAGUGUGUGCAGAGAGACUAUGUCAUACAGGAAAUCAGAAGCCUUAUUCAGACAAACCCGGAAGUAGCCAUGGAUUCCAUCGUUCACAUUACGCAGCACAUGACAGCAGGCCAGCGUACGGAAGUCAGCCGAGUGCUAGCAGCCAUGGAGUCGCCCUCGACUACGAACAACACACCAUCGUCAUCUUGACUUCAAAAUGCUCGAGACUUUUAGGAUAUCGCCUAGUUCAUUCAAGAUGGUGAACGUAUUUAUAUGUUUUAGACUGAGUGCUUUGUGGACUUCGGAUACAGGGUGAUAAAGAUGCAGUACCUGAGAACUUCAGGUCCAAAAUACCCCAGACCAUUGGUGAGGGGAGAGACGAGUUCCCAAGGUUGUCCUGCUAAGAGUGCCUUGCUCCUUGGAGGUCAUAAAAAGUAUGGAGAUCAGGCUGUAAACUUGCUGAUAAAAGAGUGGCACGUUUCUUAACCACUUGACCUAGAAGGUUCAUACUUGGUGUGUGGGUACUCCUAGGCAAGACCUUCUUUCAAAAUGAAAAUAGCGCAAUUUGACUGCUUGUCUGCCAUAUAUUAGAUUAUAAAUUAGGCCACCAGGGGGCAAAGUGUUGUGAAGGUAGCCACAUGCAUCUCCCUUCCAUGUUGACAGGUGAGCACAAUGGCCCUGGCCGUUUCAGUUGGAUUGCAAUUAUUAAUUUCUUUUGCAUUUUGUUUAUGUAAUGUUAGAAAAGUGUGCACAUGAAUGUAGAAAUGCAUGCCAUUAGUGUUGUCUGAAAAAAGCCACUUGCUUCAUAAUUAUAUUUGACUGAAAUUCUAUCGUGCUUAUGUUAAUGAAAGGAAUAAGUUAAUCCCAAGGGUUGAAUUUGUGUAUAGUUAGAUUCUAAGGACAUGUUGUCGAAAUAAGAUAUUAUAAUUAUUAUGUUCUUCAUCUUGUCAUUGAAUUUGUGUCCAGUUAGAUUCUAAGGGCAUAUUGUCCAAACAAGAUAUUAUAAUUAUUAUGUUCUUCAUCAUGUCAGAGGGUGUUUUGGCCUGUACUUAGUACAUGAAUAUUUCAUGGAUGUUGCUGAAUGGGUUGCAAAGGUAGAAAUCUGACCCCGCCCAAGGCAUUUGCCUUGGUGACCUGCACAUUUAAAGCCAGACCAGUGCAAUUAGUUUUUUCACUAAUUUCCUUGUGGAGAGUGACCUUUUUUCAGAAAGGAACAAAGGAGCUCUUUUGGGACAGAAAUUGCUGGUCACCUUUAGCAAUGACCCUUUAUAUGUUAUGUGACUUUGAAAAAGAAAUGCAUGAUUUAGAACGAGUUCUAUUUGGCAACAAAAAGCCAUCACUUUGGGGUAAUGGGUUUUUGAUGGGGGAGUUUUUAAUGAUCAAAUCCCAUGAUCUCCUACAAAAUCUCAAGGAUUGAAUUUAGCGCUAUAUGACGAUAUGACUUCAAUAUUCGGCGACUGUCAUUCAGAAGACCAUGGACGGAAGCAGAAAUGGAAAUACCUGUAUAAACGAAAUGAUUUAUUACAGUUUGCUGCAAAAAUUUUUAAAUCAGUUUAGUUUUAGCUUCUGGAAAAAGUAACGGAACACUACCAGAAGCCAGGAAAUGUCUUGAUGCCACAGGUAAUGAAUCUAUGUUGACUGCAGAUUGUACAUUUAAUUAUUUCUUGACCCUUUUGUCAAGCUGGUGAUUGUCAUCAGUUAAGUGAUAUUUCUAAUAAUGAAAUAUGGCAUAUGAAA